AUGGAUGGACGUGAUGAUCGUUGUCAAAUCAAUAUAUCACAUUCAGACAAAGAUACACUUCAAACAAAAGAAAAUUAUAGAAAUGAAAAAACUUUGAAAGAUGAAUUUAUAGUUGCAUGGAAUUUUAUGAUUCGUCAUACCCAUGCUAGAUAUGAUUCAAUUCAAAAAAAUGCUCACAUGUAUUGUAAAGCUUUUCCUGGUGAUGAUAAGAUAAUAGCAGAGCGGCUAUUUUUACAAAAAACAACAUUUAAAGAUAAAUUUGAAGUGGCAUGGAAGUUUUCAGCUUCAUAUAUUGACAAAAGUCGUGAUAAAUUUUACAAAACAGUUGGUCGCUCAAUACUCUGGCGAAAAACUGGAGACAAAAUAUAUUAUGCUGCAAAAGAUAAAGAUUAUUUAUACAAAUCAAUUGAAGCAUACACCAAAAGUAUUGCACAUGCACCAGUUGGAUCCAGUGAAUUAUCAUUGGCUUAUGCAGAUCGUUCAGCUGUAUUAUUCAAAGCAAGACUUUAUGAAGAUUGUCUUCUUGACAUUGAACGUUCAUUAAAAACAGGCUAUCCAGAUAGAUUAAAAACAAAAUUACAUAUUCGUCAAGCAUUGUGUUUCAAAGCAUUGAAACCAAGCUCACAUAUUGAGACAGGUAUUUCAAUGGCUCAUGCAAUGCAGUGGCUUCCUGAUUUAAGAAAAAUUGAACCAAACUAUGACAUGAUUAAGACAUAUUCGGAGAUGAUGAAUGAACUUGAAAAACCACGUGAUAUUAAUAAAUUUUCACCAGAAAUAAAAAAUAACUUUAGUAAACACAUCGCUGGUGCUUCGAAUGCAAUUGAUUUAAAAAAAAAAAAUAAUAGUGAUCAACAUAUUAUUGCUAAAAAAAUGAAUCUGGUGAAUUUAUUUACAUUUCUGAGCCAUUUGGAUCAACUGUUAGUUAUAAAAUACGUUUUACCAAUUGUUGGCAUUGUUGUCGUCAAACUUUGGCUGGUGUACCAUGUGACGGUUGUCCAGCUAUCAUAUAUUGCUCUGAUAUAUGUAAAAAAAAAAGCAUGGGAUAGUUAUCAUAAUAUUGAAUGUUUAGUAUUAGGACAACUUUUAAAGAUUGACAAAAUUAAUAUAGCAGAUUUAUUAGCAAUAAAAACUUUUUUAAAAGCACUCAACUCAGUAAGUAGUUUGAGUGAAUUAAAUGAACAAAUGGACAAUAUUGACUCGAUAAAAAAUACAGGAUUCAUGUUUUCUCAUGGUAAACUUGAUGCUAAUUCUAUUGAUAAUUAUCGUUAUCUUGAUUAUUUUAAAGCAACAUCAACUGAGUGUACAUUCGAAUCAGCAUUACUUACUGUAUUGAUUGUUGCAAUUUUUGGUCAAAAAACAGAAAUAUUAGGUAAAAGAAUGACACUGAAAGAUUUGAUUGAGAGUAAAAAAAAAAAAAUAUUCAAUUUGGGAAAAUUAAUGUAUGUAUUCAUUUGAUAUUAAUCAAUUAUUAAUUAUUACUUAUUUAAUUAAUUUAUGUUUUAAAUUUAUCAGUUUAUAGAAACAGAAACUGAGGAUUCAUCUAUGUCGUCAAGUGUCAUGAUACCAUUUUGUAGAUUAUUAAAAAAAAGCUGUGAUCCUAAUGUUGAUUGGACUUAUGUGGGUUCAAAUGUUGGAUUUUAUGCUAUCAAACCAAUCAAGCAGGGAAAACAGAUACUUUUGAGUACUGCUGGUUCAUAUCAUCUGACUCCAAGAAUCGAUCGGUAUAUACGAUUAGCACCCACUACUACUGAUUAUAUACCAUGCAAAUGUAAAGCAUGUGAUGAAAACUGGCCAACUAUACAAUCCCUUCAAUCUUACGAGAGUAUGUCGUCAAACAAGAUAAGAAUGUUGUCAAAAAAAAUAAAGGCAGAACACUUGUAUUUGUUAUUAAAAAAAUUGUAUGUUCGAUUACAUACAGUUCAUGAUACUCUCGAGUAAUUAUUUAUAUUCAUAUAAAACUUUUACAAUGUUGUUUAUUGUUAAUAUAAUUGUCGAGAAGAAAAAUUCAAAAUGUCAUUCGAUUCUUGAUUUCGUCAUCUUAUUAAUUAUUGUUGGGUGAAUAGCUUUUAAAUUUUUUAUUUGGUAUUGGAUUAUUGAUCAUUUGUAAUGACUUUUAAAUUUAGUGGGCGUAUUCAGUUAAAUGCAAUUUAAUCAAAAAAUAAUAACCACCUUCAUGUAUUUAUAAAAAAUAAAAAAAAAAGUUUUAUUAUUAUAAUUUACAUUUAAAUAAUAAAAUUAAAUGUAUUUUUAUUUAAUUAAGGUAUUGGUUUUUAAAUAAUAAAUAAAAUUUAUUGC